AUGGGCGCCUAUCUCUAUGGGCGCCUAUCUCUAGGGGCGCCUAUCUCUAUGGGCGCCUAUCUCUAUGGGCGCCUAUCUCUAGGGGCGCCUAUCUCUAGGGGCGCCUAUCUCUAUGGGCGCCUAUCUCUAUGGGCGCCUAUCUCUAUGGGCGCCUAUCUCUAUGGGCGCCUAUCUCUAGGAGCGCCUAUCUCUAGGGGCGCAUAUCUCUAUGGGCGCCAAUCUCUAGGGGCACCUAUCUCUAUGGGGGCGCCUAUCUCUAGGGGCGCCUAUCUCUAUGGGCGCCUAUCUCUAUGGGCGCCUAUCUCUAUGGGCGCCUAUCUCUAUGGGCGCCUAUCUCUAUGGGCGCCUAUCUCUAUGGGCGCCUAUCUCUAUGGGCGCCUAUCUCUAUGGGCGCCUAUCUCUAUGGGCGCCUAUCUCUAUGGGCGCCUAUCUCUAGGGGUGCCUAUCUCUGGGCGCAUAUCUCUAUGGGCGCCAAUCUCUAGGGGCACCUAUCUGGGCGCCUAUCUCUAUGGGCGCCUAUCUCUAGGGGCGGCUAUCUCUAUGGGCGUCUAUCUCAAGGGGCGCCUAUCUCUAGGGGUGCCUAUCUCUAUGGGCGCCUAUCUCUAUGGGCGCCUCUCUUUAGGGGCGCCAAUCUCUAGAGGCGCCUAUCUCUAUGGUCGCCCAUCUCUAGGGGCGCCUACCUCUAGGGGCACCUAUCUCUAG